CCGGCUCCGAGCUCCCCCAGCCUCACACAGCUCAGAGCCUGUAAUUACUUGGCCAUGCGGGGAGGGAGCGGGCUGCCCCAGCCGGUCCCGAGGCUUUUCCUGCCGCAGCUGCAGUACAGGGAUGUGCUCGUCUGUCCGCCGCCCCCCCGGGCUCACCCUUCUACUCAUCAGCCUCUGCCUGCACCCAGCCUCAGCCUCCCGCACUAAGGACAGCAGUGAGGUGUGGGAUGAAGAUGUGACUGAGUGGUGGGGUGAAUGGAGCUCCUGGUCUACCUGUUCUCGAACCUGCGGAGGAGGAGUGAUGUCUCGCGAAAGACAUUGCUUACGCCAGAGGCUCCAAACAGUUCUGGGAAAUGAUAACACUGUAUGCAGAGGACAGUCUAAGCAAUACCAGCUGUGUCAGAAACAGCUUUGUCCUUCUGGUUCUGCAAGCUUUAAACAGUAUCAGUGUUCAGCUUUUAAUGCUAAGGCAUUUGGGAAAAUGUAUCAUCACUGGGUACCUCUAUAUCCAGAUGAUUACACAAGUAUUUCUAGCAAGCCCUGUGACCUUCAGUGCACCAGCACCACCAGGGAGCGUCAGCUCUUAGUACCAGCCCACGAUGGGACCAGCUGCAGAGACAGGACGUUUCAGGGAGUUUGUAUCAACGGCAAAUGUGAGCCAGUAGGAUGUGAUGGGAAGCUGUAUUCAGCCAGAUCCUUGGACAGAUGUGGCGUUUGCGGUGGGGAUGGAAGUACAUGUUACAGGGUCUCAGGAAGCUUUAGAAAAUGUGUAUUGGGUUAUGCACUUAUCACAACAAUCCCAGCUGGUGCUUUUGACAUCUUGAUCACAGAGAAAAGAAACACAGAAAACAUUCUAGCUCUGGCAGACUCUGCUGGGAAUUUUUACAUCAAUGGAAAUAUGAUGAUGGACAACCCUCAGAAUUUCCGUGUUGCUGGGACACUGGUCAAAUAUAGGCGGCCAUCAAAUGUACAGAGCGAGGGACUGGAAUAUCUGACUACUCCUGGGCCCACCAACCAGUCCCUCAGCGUCAUGUACUAUAACUUUAAUGGAAAGAUUCCCCACAUAACCUAUGAAUACACAGUACCUCGUCUGCCAGAAGCACCUCUGCCUCUACACUCUGAACCAGUACAACAGGCUCCUCUUCCUCCAAGCAAUGUACAAAGUGCGACCCAGAGAGGGUCUGAUAGAAGCUUGCCUGAUACACCCGACACAUGGAACUGGGAAAAUGCUCAAGAGUCAGAAGGCUCAUUUAUACCUCAGGAACGGGCAAGUAAAGAACAAAGCAUAGUAGAAGAAGACCAAACAGAAGGCCUCCAGCCCAGCACAGACACUCCUCAGGGAUUACUGCAGAGUGAAUUAUGGAGGUUGUGUGAUCAGCAGAGUCACUCUGCACUCUGCCAAUCUCUCUUUGGUGGCAGUCCUGGGGGUCUGACCCUGGCAGAGUCCACACAGGAAUCAGAACAAUUCAGGGACAGUCUACUGCUGCCAGCUGUUUAUGAACAUCUUGGAUCCAUUCCCAGGACACAGCCGUUACAAGCACCCGGCUUCAGCAGUGAUUUAACAUCAAGCCAGGACAUCAGCAGGGCUGACAUGUAUCGCUGGAAGAUCUCCGCCUAUUCGCCUUGCAGCUCAACCUGCAGCUCAGGAAUUAGCUCUGCCUAUGCCUUGUGCAUCCGCUAUGAUGGCAGAGAAGUAGACGAGUCAUACUGUGAUCCAUUGACAAGGCCGGAGCCCACUCAGGAAUUUUGCUCAGGAAGAGAAUGCAUGCCCAGAUGGGAGUCCAGUGGAUGGAGCGAGUGUUCAAGGAGCUGUGGGCAAGGAAUACAAGUGCGCUCUGUUCGGUGCUGGAAAAUGUUGGCACCAGGACUGGACAGUUCUGUAUAUGAUGAGCAGUGUGAGGGUGCCCAGCUCCCUAGACCGCCUCAGAGAAAGGUCUGCAAGAACAAACCGUGUGGACCACAAUGGGAAACGUUAGAGUGGACAGAGUGCUCUGCUUCCUGUGGAUCAGAGGGAAUGGUGACAAGGGAAGUCAAAUGCUCAACAGAAAUCAGCCAAUGUGAUGAGAGCUUAAAACCUUCUUCUGAGAAGCCCUGCCUGGGACCUCCAUGUGACCAUCACUGGACAGCAUCUGAAUGGGGACCAUGCAGUAAGACCUGUGGCUCUGGACAUCAACUGAGAGAAGUAAAAUGUUAUCAGGGUGAGGAGAUGAGUCAGGGAUGUGAUCCAUCUACAAAACCAGAAAGUAGCCAGACUUGUCAACUUCAGAAUUGCCCAACCGAAGCUCCCGAUGAGGUUUGUGAAGACAAAGCUACUGCAAACUGCUCGCUGGUCCUGAAGGUGAAGCUGUGCUCACAUUGGUAUUAUCGGAAGGCUUGCUGUCGGGCCUGUGGAGGGAAAGCUUCCUGACUUCCACAUACCCCUCUCCCUUAUAUUUGUGAAUUGUGUACAUUACAGAUUGUGCCUCCCAUGAAUAACCCUGCCUAGAAAAUGUGCGUCCGGCAGACGAUAUUGUUACCUCUUGAUUGUGAUUUAAUCCUAUGGUGCCUAGUGAUCGAUCUGCUGUUCAUUGUAUGAUGUGUAUUUUUGGCAAAUGCCCUGUAAAAGA